AUGUCGCGAGAGGUGAUAAUUUGUGCAUGCGGGAUAGACGUCUUUUACUUCAUCAUUUUCGGGACAAGCUAUGCUUUUAGAAAACUUUUGCGAGUCAUUGAGAAGACUGGUAAAAGUCGGAGCUUCGUCGAGAAAGAGGAUGAAUCUUCGGAUGCACAACUGCGAUUGUACAGGCGAGGAGUAAACGUUUUAUAUGGUCAUGCUCAGGACCGUUUCCAAAAUAAUGGAAGAGGCCCCGCCUCUCCCGCAAAGCCUGAUGGUAGUUCAAGCCAUACCGAGACUCUGAUGAAGAAAGCUACCGGAGUAGCAAUGUUGAUGUAUUUUCUUGUGGAUGAUAAACUACAGCUAGGCCGAGCUCCUUACUGCAAAUGGUUGCCAAUGAAACUUGUCGAAAUAUGUCCUGCAGGUACCGUGUUGCGUGAUCAUAGCAUGCGAAACUUGUCGUUGGAGCUUAACGUCCUACCAGACGGGUGUAUACAGAGAUGGGUGAUCGAGGUUCGCUGUGUUGAUAACCAAAGAACUGAAUAUGCUCUUUUUGGAUUUGAGAUGAAAAAGACUUAUUUGUUAAUGUGCUGGAUCGUAGGCUGGGGUGAGUUCGUGAAGGUAACAGCUAGAAAUGCUCGAGUCUGCCAAACCUACUCAGCACUUAGCCGUUUCGAUGGUAGUGUCAUGUCAUUCCAGACGGAGAACCAUGAUAUGCUCAUGACUAGAAGAUAUUUAGACACAAGUCGCGCCGAGUGUGUUAGGGUAACGAUGUGA